GCCGCCAAAACACACAACUCUUCCAAACCCCUUCUCUGCCCCUAGGCCAUUGGAGAUCCGAGCCAUCUAUGAUCCAUGCUUUACUCAGCUCCAGUUUGAUUGUUCUUUUUCCCUGUUUUCUGUUUCGCAGCUGCUUGGUUUAGUAAUCGAAUGUGCGACAUGUGCCAAAGCGUUCCAUCUGCUGAGGAUUUCAGUAUUCGGAUCAAACCAAAUCUGACUUUUUAUGGUUUUUUCGCGGUUCAUGUUUCAAUUUCGCGUGCUACUGUAGCUAGUGGCGCUAAUUGUGGACGGUUUGGAUUGUUUAGGCCUGAUGCCACGUCACUGUUAGCCACGAGCGUUGAGCAGUGAUGCUAUGAUUAGGCCGAGACAGAGCUGAUUCUGGCGUCUCACAAGUUGAUAGGAACCUGGGGACUGUUCUUUCAUCGGUCCACAGAGCCGGUUUUCUGUGAUUACAUUCGCAGUUGCCUCCUAAGAGUUUUCGCCUUGCCGGGCUUGAGAGCUAAUGCUGCUAAAUCCUUCCUUGGAUGUCUGAGCCAUAUAUUCGUUAUUGUUCUAUCUAUUGGUUCUUGCCAUUCCUACUAGCGUAUGCUUGGAUCCAGUAAGAUUUAUUGUGCGGUUUUCAUGAAACAUAUCUGAGUAUAAUGCAUCACUUUUUUUUGCCUGUGCUAUGUCAUUUAAUACCAUGAAAGUUGCACUGAGAAGACGUGUAUACCUGCAUGGCUACAUUGGACCUUGAUUCAUGGUUCAAAUAUUGCUGGUAGGGUUAAAUGCUGUCUGCCAAGAGUUCUCUCACGUUGCCUGUCUUAGGACAUGUCUGUUCCCUCUUGUCUAGUAAACUUCACGUUUGAUGCUCAAGUUGUUUCAUGUUGCGCAUUUCACGUUGUAUGUAUGUAGAGCUUGUAUUGUAUUCCUGCCCUGUGAUGAUGAAAACAAGGCUAGUUUCUCAUAACAUUCGCAGUUGCCGUCCAAGAGCUCUCGCCUUGCCAGGCUUGAGAGCUGAUGCUGUCCGAUCCUUCCUUGGAUGUCUGAGGGCAUAUUUAAGCUCUGUUUAGUACUUAGUACUCCCCUUAAUAAAUUCUUUCGCUAGAAAGAUGAACUUAUUUUGGGACGGAGGGAGUAGCAUUUGUUGUUAUAUAUUCAGGGCUCAAUUCCUGUUUUAAUACCUUCAGUGUAAAUUCAUGUGCAUUAUAUUUAAGCUGUUUCAUGUCUCAUUUUUCAAUACAUCGUACUGUUCUUAUGCCUGCCCAAUGAUGAUAAAAAACAAGGCUUGUUUCUCAUAACAUUCGCAGUUGCCGCCUAAGAGUUUUCGCCUCGCCAGGCUUGAGAGCUGAUGCUGCGCAAUCCUUCCUUGGAUGUCUGAGGGCACAUUUAAGCUUGUUUUAUGUUAUACGAUUACGAAACCAUUGUAGUACAAGCUUCAGUAUGCAAUUCCUUUUGUUUGCUCAUGUUCUCGUGUGUUCACAGGUUAGCAUCUACUGUCACAUUGAGGAGGUCAUGAUGGAUCUACUGCCAAUUCGCCGUUUACAGUUAGACACCUGUGUUAAUAUGGGUUCAUGCAGAAGUUAUGAUCCUGGUGCAAGACCAUAUCUAGCGGAUCCACAAGUCUGUGGAGGGCUACCUCUGCUACUCCAGUGCCAGAAAACAGGGAAGACAGGAGACAAAUCCCAAAUCUUCUGAUGAAUGAUUCAAUUCUUUCUACGCUCUGAACUGUGCCCACAGCGCACAGCCGGCGGCAUGGACGGGCAGGGAGGCCACCCGCCGGGGCAGGAGGGGACAGGGAGGGGGCGGGCGGCGCCGCCGCCGCCCGGAUGGACCGGGGACUCCGGUUCCGGGCAGGGGUCCGGCCCCGACGGUUCCUGGAGGUACGGGUGGGCGUGGGCCUCGGGGCCCGGAGGCGCCUGGGGCCACGGCCACAGCUCGGCGCAGAGCCCGGGCGGCACCGCCUUCGGGUUUGGCUUCGGCGGCGGCGGAGGAGGAAGCGGGCGCGGCGGCCACGCCGGCGGUUUUGGCUGGGGUGGCGGGCAAGGCCAGGGCCAGGGCGGCUACGCUGGAGAUCACGGCGGGGGCUGGUGGAGCGCCGGCGGCGGGGCGUUCGGAGGCCGGAACGGAUCAGGCUGGAGCGCGCGCGGGGGAUCCCACGGUGGUGAGAGCCACCACCGGCCACAGCGCGGUGGCGGCAACUGAAACCGCUGGACGUUGAUGCCUUUGCUGCGUGGGCAUCAGUAGUAGCUGUGCGUUGGAUAAUGGAUGCUUGGAUAGUACUCCUAUCAUACUGGUAUCUACUAGCAAGUUAUCUUCUGGUUCUUGUAUAAUAUGGCCAACUUUAUUUAAGCUUUGUAUCUGAAAUACUGCAAUAAGAUGUUUGUGGGUUUCAUUUCAAUAAGCGCAGAUCGUGCUCGUAUAUUCAGGUUUAUGAGGGUGCUCGUAUAUUCAGUCCAGAAGAAUG